AGCAAUCAUCUGUGAGGAAACCACUGAACCAAUAAGCUAUAUAGUCCUAAACUGUUCGCUACUAAAGUAUUAACUACAGUAUAUUUUUAAAAACGCUGUGAAAACUAAAAUAAAGUUACUCCAUCGUACCACAGAUUUGCAGCCAUGUAAGUCCUUUGUGUUACGAAAGCACACCUUAAAUUGGUGUAAUAAAAUGUCAAUUUAGACACAGUCCGUUUUUUACUUCUAUCUCGGUAACAAAAGUGCGUGUUUGCGCACGAAAACGGCGCAAAAAUGACGUUAGCCUAAAUAAUUCGUGGGUGUCUACUUGUCGAAGCGGACGUGUACGUCCCCUCGCUGUCAGAGCUCGUCUCCAACUAGAUAAUUCGUCUUUGAGUUCAAUGAGUGGAGAGUGGACAUGAACUGAAAGACUGGAGAUCAAAGCAAGCACAGACGGCUUGGAACCCCCCUUUUUAAAAAAUAUUUCAGCUGGAGUCAUAACGAAGAUGCAACGAUGACUCAGCCGCAGGUGAAUGAGUUCAUUCCUCCUCCCGAGUGCCCUGUUUUUGAGCCCAGCUGGGAGGAAUUUGCCGACCCUUUUGCGUACAUCAACAAAAUACGACCAAUUGCAGAGAAAACUGGUAUCUGCAAGAUCCGACCACCGCCGGAUUGGCAGCCACCGUUUGCUUGUGAUGUCGACAGACUUAAAUUCACACCGCGAAUACAACGGCUCAAUGAGCUUGAGGCUCAGACCAGAGUUAAACUCAACUUCCUGGAUCAAAUAGCAAAAUUCUGGGAGCUACAAGGAUGCAAACUGAAAAUUCCUCAAGUGGAAAGAAAGAUUCUGGAUCUGUACCAACUGAAUAAGUUGGUGAACGAAGAGGGUGGUUUUGAUGCAGUCUGCAGAGAACGCCGCUGGACUAAGAUUUCCGUCAAGAUGGGCUUUGCUCCAGGAAAGGCUAUUGGCUCCCAUCUGCGGGCACACUAUGAGCGAAUCCUCUACCCAUAUAACCUUUUCCAGACUGGAGCCAAUCUCCCUGCAGCCACCUUGACCAACGACACUAAAGAUAAGGAGUACACCCCUCACGACCUGCCGCAGCGCCAAUCUGUCCAGCCCCAGGAGACCUGCAGCAUUGCUCGCCGAGCCAAACGAAUGAGAUCUGAGAGGGGCUAUGUCAAAAGUGAACCCAGAGAAGUUUGUGAGACUCGUCCCAACCUGAGGAGGAGGAUGGGAACAUUUGUUGCCAAACCAGAACCUGUGAGAAUGGCAGUCACUGAGGUGAAAAAGGAGCCCAUUGAUCACAAGGAUACAACUGAAUAUGAAGAAACUAUAUUAGAUAAAAUUAUCAAACCUCCGGUGAAUAAAGUGGACCACUACAUGUGUCUGGUGUGUGGCAGUGGAAGCGCUGAGGACCGCCUGCUAUUAUGCGACGGCUGCGAUGACAGCUAUCACAUCUUCUGUCUCAUCCCUCCGCUCCACGAUGUUCCCAGAGGCGACUGGAGAUGCCCCAGGUGCCUGGUUGAGGAAUGUGGCAAACCAGCUGUUGCAUUUGGCUUUGAGCAGGCCAGCAGGAGCUACACCCUCCAAACUUUUGGAGACAUGGCUGACUCCUUCAAGUCUGAUUAUUUCAAUAUGCCAGUUCAUAUGGUGCCUACUGAGCUGGUGGAGAAGGAGUUCUGGCGUCUAGUGAGUACCAUCGAGGAGGAUGUGACUGUGGAGUAUGGAGCAGACAUCGCCUCCAAGGAGUUUGGGAGUGGUUUUCCCGUGAGAAACGGCCAUUUUGAAGUUUCUCCUGAGGAUGAGCAUUACCUGACCAGCGGCUGGAACUUGAACAAUAUGCCGGUCCUCGAUGCCUCGGUGCUGACUCACAUUACAGCCGACAUCUGUGGCAUGAAGGUACCCUGGCUGUACGUGGGCAUGUGUUUUUCCUCUUUCUGCUGGCACAUCGAGGACCACUGGAGCUACUCCAUAAACUAUCUUCACUGGGGUGAGCCUAAGACGUGGUAUGGGGCUCCUGGUUAUGCUGCAGAGCACCUCGAAGCGGUCAUGAAGAAACUAGCUCCUGAGCUGUUUGAGUCUCAGCCAGACCUCCUUCAUCAGCUGGUCACCAUCAUGAAUCCCAACACGCUGAUGAACAACGGCGUCCCGAUUUAUCGCACCAACCAGUGUGCAGGUGAGUUCGUCAUCACUUUCCCCAGAGCUUACCACAGUGGAUUCAACCAGGGUUUCAACUUUGCUGAAGCGGUCAACUUCUGCACAAUGGACUGGAUGCCCCUUGGCCGUGGCUGUGUGGCUCACUAUCGCCAGCUGAACAGAUACUGUGUCUUCUCCCACGAUGAGAUGGUUUGCAACAUAGCCAUUAAAGCAGACACGAUAGAUGUCAACCUGGCCGCCACUCUGCAUGAGGAUAUGGUUAUCAUGAUCCAACAGGAGAAGGAACUACGAGAGAAAAUCACUAAAAAGGGUGUGAUGCAGUCUCGACAGGUUGAUUAUGAGGUGCUCCCAGACGAGGCGCGGCAGUGUUUCAAGUGUCUGACCACCUGUUACCUGUCUGGCAUCACCUGUGCCUGCAGUCCUGACAAGAUGGUUUGCCUGUACCACACCCAGAACCUCUGCUCUUGUCCUCCUAUCAACCUCACACUCCAUUACAAGUUUACACUGGAUGAGUUGUACCCAUUGAUGGCAUCUGUGAAGCUGCGUGCCAAUUCAUAUAAAGACUGGGUGUCUAAUGUCCAGGACAUUGUGGAAAACAAAGGAACCAAGAAAAAAGGGUUGGAGGAACUUCACAUCCUGGUAGAGCAAGCGGAAACAAAGGCGUUUCCUCAAAGCAGCCUCCUAGAUCAGCUGCGUACAAUUGCCUCAGAGGCCGAUAAAGUUUCUGUGACGGCACAGCAGCUUCUCAACGGGAAGAGGCAGACGAGGUACCGCUCUGGGGGAGGUAAGUCCCAAAGCCAGAAUGAGUUAACUGUGGAGGAGCUGAGGUCAUUUGUCAAACAACUGGACAGCCUGCCAUGUAACAUCCGACAGGCUCCUUUACUGAAGGACCUUUUGACUCGGGUGGAUGACUUCCAGCAGCGCAGUGAACGCCUCCUUUCUGAUGAGUCACCCAGCGCGCUGGAACUGCAGGACCUGCUGGAUGUGAGUCUGGGCCUGGACGUGGAGCUGCCGCAGCUACCCCUUCUCAGAGAGAGACUGGAGCAGGCUCGAUGGUUGGAGACCGUUCAGCAAGCCAGCAGUCGGCCGGACAGCUUGUGUCUGGACACGAUGAGGAGGCUGAUAGACCAGGGUGUGGGCCUGGCCCCUCACAGCUCUGUGGAGAGGGCCAUGGCUCGUCUGCAGGAGUUGCUGACCGUGUCAGAGCAGUGGGAGGAGCGAGUGCUCAGUCUCCUGGAGGCCAGGCCAUAUCAGGGCAUAGAAACCCUUGUAGCUGCUCUGCAGGAAGUAGAAAACAUCCCUGCUUAUCUGCCCAACUGUCUGCAGCUGAAGGAUGUCGUCACCAAGGCCAAAAAAUGGCUCCAUGAAGCUGAAACACUGCAGCUUGGGGGACGUAUUCCUGUGCUCGACAUUCUCUCUGAGCUGGUUCUCAGAGCAGAGGGCAUCCCAGUGAAGCUCGACCCGCUCAGUCGACUGGAGGCCCUUGUCAGUGAUGUCAAGAGCUGGAAGGAGACGGCCGCAAAGACAUUCCUAUUGAAAAACUCCCCUUUCUCACUUCUAGAGGUCCUCUGCCCAAGGUGUGACAUCGGAUCUGCACAUCAGAAGUCAAAAUCUAAAAAAGUGAAAGAAGCUCCACAGAUCAUUAAAAAGACUUUAACAAAACUGGACUCUUUGUGUGAUGUAGAGAGAGCUCUCUCUGAGAGUAAGGACUCUGCCUCUGCUAUGACCACUCUCGCAGAGGUGCGACAGAGGGAGAUGGAGAUCUUACUGUCUCUGAGGUCUUCAAACGAGUCCAAGCUCCUUCCUGCUGAAAGCUGUUGUGCACUUACUGUUUGUGUUUGCCAAAAGCCUCCCUCAGGAGCCAUGAUGCAGUGCGAGCUCUGUCGAGACAUUUUCCACUGCGGGUGUGUUACAACAACCGCAGAACUUGAGUACGGUCAGGCCUGGCUGUGCCCGCUGUGCCAGCGGUCGAGAAAACCACCCUUGGACAAAGUCCUGCCCCUGCUGGCCUCCCUUCAGAGGAUUCGUGUCCGACUGCCAGAGGGCGACGCUCUGCGGUUCCUCAUCGAGAGGACUGUGAGAUGGCAGCACAGAGUCCAGCAAGCCUGCGCAGAUGGAGUACUCGAGAACGUGUCAAAGAUGGUGAGAGUUGGACCUAGAGAGUCUUCACAUUUGCCUCAGGAAAAAAAUGGGUCAGCUUUUUAUACAGAGCACAAGUCUAUUCCGCUCCACGGACUUAGUCCUGAGCUGGAGGAGCUGAUGGUGGAGGGAUUCCUGCUGCAGGUCACUCUGCCUGAGACUGAGCAGCUGUACAGAUAUCUACUCUACAAACUGGUCCCCCUGCCCUCACAGAGCCCUCCCUGUGGGAACAGCACAGAACAGGACCAGAAGUCUCCAAAAGGGAGCCCUCAACACAAGAAUGGCGUGUCGAGCCUGAAAAAGGAGGCCGUGAAGAGUCAGAGCAAGCGGACCAAGCGACGUAAGGACAGCUCCGAUUCUCAGCACAGCGAGAAGGCCAAGAAGUGUCGCAAGAAAAAGCCCAAGAGAAGCAAAGAAAGGAGCGAAGAAUCGAAGAGAAGCGGUUCACCCACGCACACGUCGUCUGACCCUGCUCUUUCAGAUUCAGAAGAGGACUACUCGCUGUGUGCUGCACCGUGGUGCAGAGAGCCAGAGGGUGAUGAGGUAAACUGGGUCCAGUGUGACGGCAACUGCAAUCAAUGGUUUCACCAGAUCUGUGUCGGCCUGUCUGCUGAGCGUGCGGAGAAGGAGGAUUAUGUUUGCAUAAGCUGCACACAGCCAGAAUACAGCAGAGCAGAAUAAAGACCAAAAAGUCAUGUUGAAGGAUGAGCAGAUUUACUGCAGAUGCUGCAGCACUUAAGUGCACACCUGAACUCUGUGUGUCCUGCGGCUUCUCCCCUUUACCUUCUGGCUUGCCCUCAGUGAACAUGGUGCUACUUCUUUUUCCCCAGAGUUACUAAAGACUUCUGUCACUGUUUUGUUUUGUUUGUCACAUGGCUGGGUUUUCAGCCAGUCAACUAAUCCUUUCUGAAACUUUCCAAGACUCAAUGCAGAUGUGGUAACAUGUUUCAAGAACCAACAGCGCAGGGAUUUUUCAACCAAAAAAUGUCAGUUUGGCAUUUUAGAACCGUUUGUUUUUCUUUUACAUGCAUCUGAACAAUGUGAACCUUAUCUUUUUUUUCUUGUAGAGUAAAUAUUAUUUAUCUAAGCAAUAGCUGAACAGAUUAAUUGAAGGUUCAGUUUUCACCUGAGCUAUAUUUGUGCGUAGAAAAACUUUGAUAAAAUGCCUUCCUAAAGCAAAAACCCUGAAGAAUUCACUUUAUGACCCUAUGAUACACAGUUCACUUCAAAUUUGUGUACACGUCAAAACCGAAAUGGAUCAACGAUCCUUUCACGAACCACUGACUUUGAUAUAAAGUCAGGUUUUCCUUCUGCGAUGUCUGCAGAGGAAAGUAAAAGUCCUGGAUCCCAUAUUCCUGCUGUUGGGUGAGACUCAAUUAAAGCCACAAAGUAAGAAUGAACUGUCCGACAUCAAAGGAAUGUACAUGUUGUUUUUUGGGUGGAUUUUCCCUUUAUGGCUGAGGCUGAUAUAUGUGUUGGACUUAGAUUUAACACAGACUGUGUGAUUUAUUUUGCCACGGGUAUAUGACCUUUUUCCUGCUCCUUUGGGUAAAUAAUAUAAUUCAUAUGUUGCAGUUUGCAUUAUAAAAUAAAACGUUUGUUCCUGUA